CAUUAAAGUGAAGCUUUAAUCUGAAGUCACUUCCAGAGCAGCAUCUAGUGGCCAAGAGAGGAACUGCAGCUUCAAGCUUCCACCGCUCUACGACUGUUUAUAACGUCCUCGUGAAGUCUCCAACGUUUGUGUUUGCACCCAACAAAUAACCAUGUGACCAAUCGGACAACGACGAAGACGAAGAUGAAGAAGAAAAGGAUGAAGAGACCCUCACUCUCUCUCUCUCUCUCUCAUGAACAGACUGUUAGAAAAGGAGGAUGGAAGGAUGUGCGGGGGCGAGGGAGGAGAGACUGUUGCCAUGGCGCUGUGCCACCUCCUGGUACAAAGAACACACACACACACAAGAUAUCCUCUAUUUUCUAUUCAACACAUUCUUCUUUCCUGUUAAAAUCCUGGCGCCUACAUUACCCACAAUGCAGCUCUCCCCCUGCAGAGGGCAGUGAAGUGAACAAAACAAGCUGAUGUUAAAAUGCAAUGAUGGAAAGUAACGAAGUACAUUUACUCAAGUGUUGUACUUCAGAGCAGUUAUGAGGUGGUACUUGUACUUUAUACUUCUUCCUUUUUCUUCUUCUUCUCCUUCAGUUAAACUACAGACUGAUUUUAAACGUAAGGACGUUCUAAACAUGCUGACGUCGUCUCUCUCUCCUCUGACCUGCAGCCUGAUAACACCAAGCCAUGUUCGCUCGUCUCCUCUCCUUUCUUCCUCCCAUUAUCUCCCCUCUCUCCCUCCCUCCCUCCUUCCUCCUCCUCAUCUUCUUCAUCGUUGCCGUGGUGGUCUUCUUCCUGAACCGAACUGGACCUCCGUCCUCUGGACCUCCGUCCCGGGGCUCCGUCCCGUGCCUGCCGAGGCUCCCCGUCCUGGGCAGCCUCCCCUGGUUGGGGGGAGGCCUCCCCCCUCACCUCCUCUUCACCCAGCUGGGCCGCAGGUAUGGGUCUCUGUUCGCUCUCUACCUGGGUCCUCACUACACUUUGGUGAUAAACAACCAUCAACACGCCAGAGAGGUUCUACAGCAGAGAGGGAGAGACUUUGCUGGACGUCCGAGCAUGGUGACCACCGACCUGUUGACCCGAGGAGGUAAAGACAUCGCGUUUUCAGACUACACUCCUCUCUGGAAGUUACACCGCCGCCUCGUCCACAACUCCUUUACUCUGUUUGGAGAAGGAAGCAGCCGACUGCAGGACAUCGUUCUGUCCUCGGUGGACAGUCUGUGUGCCGAGCUGUUGUCCGGCGGGCGGCGCGGCUUCGACCCGUCUGCCGCGGUGACACGGGCUGUCACCAACGUCGUGUGCACGCUGGUGUUCAGCGCCACCUAUCGCCACGGUGACGCCGAGCUGCAGGAAGUGAUGCGAUACAAUGACGGCAUCGUGCAGACGAUUGCCCGAGGAGGACUGGUGGACAUUUACCCCUGGAUGAAGGUCUUUCCCAACAAGUGUCUCAGUAAACUGAAGGACUGUAUCAUCGUCAGAGACCGACUGCUGUCACGAAAACUGGAGGAGCACAAGGCCUCGCUGAGUGACGGUGACCCCCGUGACCUUCUGGAUGCCUUGCUCAAGGGUAAGACAGACGGCGGUGUGAAGUCCUCGGGGUCUGAGGACGAGACGAUCACAGACGACCACGUCCUCAUGACGGCAGCCGAGGCGUUCGGAGCCGGAGUGGAGACCACGUCCACCACGCUGCUGUGGAUCCUGGUCUACCUGCUGCACCACCCAGAGGUGCAGGAGCGUGUGCAGAAGGAGCUGGACGAGCAGGUGGGCAGCGAGCGGGCGGUGUGCACAUCGGACCGCGGCCGGCUGCCGUACCUGGACUGCGUCAUCAACGAGGGCAUGAGGAUCCGCCCGGUGAGCCCGGUCCUGAUCCCCCACACCGCCAUGACCGACAGCAGUAUUGGAGGUCACUCUGUCCGUCGUGGGACUCGUGUUUUGGUCAACAUGUGGUCGAUCCACCACGACCCUCAACACUGGGACAGACCGGACCUGUUCAACCCAGAUCGUUUCCUUGACGACCAGGGCCAGAGGUUCUCCCCUUCCUGCUUCCUGCCGUUCGGGGCGGGACCUCGGGUCUGCGUCGGCGAAUCGCUGGCCAGGCUGGAGCUCUUCCUCUUCCUGUCCUCUCUGCUCCAGCGCAUGAGCUUCACGCAGCCGGACAGGGCCCCCCCGCCCAACCUGCAGGGGCGGCUGGGCGUGGUCCUGCAGCCGUUACCUUAUAAGGUCGUCGUUACUCCGAGGGCGGGGUGGGAGGGCGGGGCCAAGUGAAGAAAGGGGGAGGGGCAGAUAGUUGUGAAAACCUAAAACUUUUAUUGGCUCAAAUUAAAAAAAUAACAUUAAAAUCCAAAAUUCCGACUUUAAAAUGAUUUAAAAAUAUUUACACUGGUACUAAAAUAAUGUUACAAGUAUAGAGAGCUGCAGGUAUUAUCCUAAAAUCAGGAAAUUUCAGGAAUUCCUUAAAGUAAAGGUAAAAUACGUAGCUAAAUUUGUCAUGGAGUUAGCUUAAUUUGUUCCAUAAAAUAUUUUCCAUUUAGAGUAAGAAGAUGGAUGAUGUAAAGAGCUAAUUAGCGUCGCUAACGUCUGCGGCUAACAUGACUCAUUGUAAAUCUCUAAAAACAGUAAAGAAGCUAACGCUAGGCUAGCUUGUGGCUGCGCUGUUUCAACUUCACCCUUUUGUAGCUUCAUGCUAACACUAUGCUAACUAAUUCUAAGACACGCAGUGGAAUAUAAUCAAACCGAGUUUAAACUGAGCUUUAAACGUCAUUUAAAACAAGAAGUAAAUAUUUAGUGUGACUUCACGUGAUAUUUUUUAUAACCCAAAUGUUUUUUAAUCAAUAAAUAUCGAUUGAUCUCCAGUGUGGUGACAGUGUUUUCAUUAUCAGUGGAUGAACGGAGACAGUCAGGUGGUAGGUAGAUUUGACAGUUUUUAUUCAGUAUAUCGUCACACACUUUUAGAACAGGCUGGUUUAGUUAGGUCACACACACAUCCACACACAUCCACACACACACUAUUAAUUUAGUAUUACUAAUAAUUAGCGUCGUUAUUAUCGUAACAUUAAGGGAUUUUAAAGUCUCUUCUCGGCUUUCUUCCGCUCCUCCUGACAGAAACCUCAUGCAAACAGGAAGGACAGCAGAGAAGAGAUGACGAGAUAAAAACGCUCUUUAGACUAAAAAUAGAAGGAGCACACGGACAUUUCUAGUAAAUUAAAAAGUUUUGUCAAACACCACGGGUGAAGCUGCUUCCAAUCUCCUCAUGGGACAAGUGAAAGAGCCCAAAACGGUUAAAUGAGAACAGUUAAUGAGGCCAAGAUCCAAGAGUUGUCUAAAACCUUGACUGGGUUCACAUGUCAAUCCGGUCCUUUUCUCUGAUCUCAAGGUUUAAGGUGGAGAACUUUGUCUCGUGUUGGGUUUCAGAGUUAAAAAUGGGCAUUUUACCCUCAAAGGAACCAGCUCCGCCCCUUACCUACAUUUAUGGGUCGGUUGGACCUAGUCUGUUGUUCCAGUCUGGGUCGGUUGGACCUGGUCUUCUGUUCCAGUCUGGGUCGGUUGUACUGAAUCUGUUUCAGUCUGGGUCGGUUGGACCUAGUCUGUUGUUCCAGUCUGGGUCGGUUGGUAGUAGUAUUCUAGUUCGGGUCGGUUGGACCUAGUCCGUUGUUCCACUCUGGGUCGGUUGGUAGUAGUAUUCGAGUUUGGGUCGGUUGGACCUAGUCUGUUGUUCCAUUCUGGGUCGGUUGGUAGUAGUAUUCUAGUCUGGGUAGGUUGGACCUGGUCAUCUGAUCCAGUCUAGGUCGGUUGGACCAGGUCUGUACCAGUCUGGGUAAGUUAGACUAGGUCUGUUCAAGUCUAAAGCGAUUGGACAGGGGCUAUUCAAAUCUAGGUUGUUUGGACUUGUUUUGGGUUUAAGCUAGAUGUCCCAAGCUUUAGUAGAGGUUGAUCAACUUCUUAGUUAAAACCAAAU